AUGUCCAAGAACGUUUUGACCACCUCUAACGGCAACCCUGUCGAGAACAACCAAACCUCCCAAACCGCUGGUCCCUGGGGUCCUGUCCUUAUUCAAGACUUCCACUUGAUUGACAAGCUUGCUCACUUUGACAGAGAGCGUAUUCCUGAGCGUGUUGUCCACGCCAAGGGUGCUGGCGCCCACGGUGUCUUUGAGGUCACCCAUGACAUUAGCCAUCUUACCAAGGCCAAGUUCUUGAGCCACAUUGGCAAGAAGACUCCCGUCUUCCUUCGUUUCUCGACCGUUGGUGGUGAGAAGGGUAGCGCUGAUACUGCUCGUGACCCCCGUGGUUUCGCCGUCAAGUUCUACACUGAGGAGGGCAACUGGGAUAUGGUUGGCAACAACACUCCCGUUUUCUUUAUCCGUGAUCCUUCAAAGUUCCCUGACUUCAUCCACACCCAAAAGAGAAAUCCUCAGACCAACACCCCCGAUCCUGACAUGUUCUGGGAUUUCCUCUCCUUGGUCCCUGAGUCCAUCCACCAAGUCUCCAUCCUCUUCUCCAACCGUGGUACUCCCGAUGGUUACCGCCACUUGAACGGUUACUCCUCCCACACCCUCAAGCUUGUUGAUGCCAACGGCAACUUCAAGUAUGUCAAGUGGCACUUCAAGACCGAUCAAGGUAUCAAGAACUUGAAGGCUUCCGAAGCUCAACGUCUUGCUGGUGAAAACCCUGAUUACGCUACCGCUGAUCUCUUCAACGCCAUUGAGCGUGGUGAAUAUCCUUCCUGGUCCGUCUAUGUCCAAAUCAUGGAGCCUGAGGAUGCCAAGAAGUACCGCUUCAACCCCUUCGAUGUCACCAAGAUUUGGUCUCAUAAGGAUUAUCCCUUGCACCCUGUUGGCAAGAUGACUCUUAACCGCAACCCUGAGAACUACUUUGCUGAGGUUGAGCAAGCUGCUUUCUCCCCUGCUCACAUUGUUCCUGGUAUCGAUAUCUCUCCUGAUCGUAUGCUUCAAGGUCGUCUUUUCUCGUACCCCGAUACCCACCGCCAUCGCUUGGGUGCCAACUACACUCAAAUCCCCAUCAACCAACCCAAGUCGGUUGUUGCUAACCACCAACGUGAUGGUUUCAUGGCUGUCAACGGCAAUGGUGGUGCUGCUCCUAACUAUGAGCCCAACUCUUUCGGUGGUCCUUACCAAACCAAUGUUGCCGCUACCACUUUCUCUGCUGAGGAAGUCUCUGGCUUGACUGGUCGCUUCACCUAUGAGCUUACCGAUGAUGACUUUGUCCAAGCUGGUGAUCUCUACCGCUUGAUGCCUGCUGAGGAGAAGACCGACCUUGUUGAGAACAUUGCUGGUCACCUCAAGAACGCCAAGAAGCACAUCCGUGAGCGUCAAAUUGCCCACUUCAAGCGUGCUGAUCCUGAAUACGGUCAACGCAUUGAAGAGCUUAUUGCUGCUGCCCUCUCCAAGGCUUAA